AGCACGGGUCGCGUAAGGGACAGAGUCCCAACCGUGCUACUCGAGCGCUGCGAGAGUUUGAUCUCGUUGCACUCGGCGCGGAGCUCCGCGAGGGGCGACGCGUCUAGUGGGCGGGAGACGCCAGCGCUGUUUGUGGACAGCACCCGACAGCGGACACGGCGGAAGCGGAAGUCGGCUCGACAGCCGCCGUCCUCCGCUCCGUCCGACUCGUCGGAAGGAGAGCCUGCCAGCGCCAAGUACAUGGCGUUGGCGGAAGGGCCGGCGGCUGCUGCGGCGCCGCUCGCGACUGAUUUUGACAAGCCGUCGUCUUGCGGACUGGACGCUGCCUCCUCGGCGCAGUCCAGGGCCGCCUGCCGAAAGGCACAGAACGGGACAGAGGUAGGAGAGGUCGAGCGACUGGAGCGCUCCCUAACGGAGGUGGGUCCUUCUGACCCCCUCCGAGCGUGCAACAUAGUCAAAGAGAUGGUUGCCACUAUAGCCAAAAAAUCGGCGAAAGGGCUGAAAGGCGACUAUGUGCUUGCCCUAAAAUCUGGAGCGGCCACUCUUGAAGAGAGAUUGCAGGACGUAGUGAACCGCACCACAACCACGGAGACUGAAGGCUUGCGGCAAGAAGUAGCCCUGCAGCACGCCCGCCUUGAGCAACUGGCGGAGGAAAAUGGCCGACUUCGGGCGGAGAACGGACAGUUCCGCGUCGACAUGGCCGAGUUGAGGACCAUGGUGGCCGACCUUAUAGAGCGGCAACGCAGCUCGGCCCCUGUCCGUCCUCCGCCCGAAGCGGAAGGCCUCACUGAGGUCGAGGAGCUGAGGCGGCAGGUCCUCAUACAGGAAGCACGCAGCUCCAGGGUGGAGCGUGCGAGGCCGCCCCUCGCUCACGAGGCGAAGGGAAGUGCGCCUGUGCCAGCGCCCCGCAGGACUGUGCAACCCGCUGUUAAGACUUACAGCGGUAAGAAAAUAACUACACCCGCGCGAANUUUUCCCGAGUGCCACACGUUUUUUGCGUAUAAUGAGUUCCUGGUAUAUCGACACUGCUGCAAGCUACCCGUGGUUGUUACACUCGCAAGUGGCAAAAUAUCAGGAACUGAUUAA